AGCGUCGCAACUCUGCCAUAGCAACCGGCAAGCCCUUUCACGCAGAGGUCCUUACGUCAUUUCCGGCGCGCCGGUCUAGCCGCAUCCUACUUCCGGCUACAGGAGCGGUAGCGUCGUCUCCGCGCGGGGGAUGUGAAGUUGAGUUCUAGAACCCCUAAUCGGAUCCGUAAGCGAGUGACUGGCCAUGUCGCUCUCCCACCUGUACCGGGACGGAGAAGGCCGCGUGGAGGAUGACGACGAUGAGCGGGAGGACUUUGAGAUCACCGACUGGGAUCUCCAGAAUGAGUUCAACCCCAACCGGCAGCGCCACUGGCAGACCAAGGAGGAGGCCACGUACGGGGUGUGGGCCGAGCGCGACUCGGACGAGGAGAGGCCCAGCUUCGGAGGCAAACGACCACGCGACUAUUCGGCGCCCGUCAGCUUCAUCAGUGCGGGGCUCAAGAAAGGGGCGGCCGAGGAGGCGGAGGCUGACGAUUCCGAUGACGACGGGAAGCCCGUGAAACAGGACGACUUUCCCCCAAAGGAUUUGGGACCCAAGAAGUUAAAAACGGGUGGGAAUUUUAAGCCGAGCCAGAAAGGUUUCGCAGGCGGGACCAAAUCUUUCAUGGACUUUGGCAGCUGGGAAAGACACACGAAAGGGAUCGGGCAGAAGCUGCUCCAGAAGAUGGGCUACGUACCUGGAAGGGGCCUCGGAAAGAACGCCCAAGGCAUCAUAAACCCCAUCGAAGCCAAGCAGAGAAAGGGAAAGGGAGCCGUGGGGGCCUACGGCUCUGAGCGGACCACGCAGUCCCUGCAAGACUUCCCCGUGGUGGACUCGGAAGAGGAAGCCGAGGAGGAGUUUCAGAAGGAGCUGAGCCAAUGGAGGAAAGACCCCAGCGGAAGCAAGAAGAAGCCCAAAUACUCUUACAAGACGGUGGAGGAGUUGAAGGCCAAGGGCAGGAUUAGUAAGAAACUCACGGCUCCCCAGAAGGAGCUGUCUCAGGUCAAGGUCAUCGACAUGACAGGCCGGGAGCAGAAGGUGUAUUACAGCUACAGCCAGAUCAGCCACAAGCACAGCAUCCCCGACGAGGGGCUGCCCCUGCCGUCCCAGCAGGUGCCGCAGUCCGGCAGGGAGGCCAAGGCCCCGGGCUUCGCGCUGCCCGAGCUGGAGCACAACCUGCAGCUGCUGAUCGAACUCGCCGAGCAGGAGAUCAUCCAGAACGACCGGCAGCUGCAGUACGAGCGCGACAUGGUGGUGAACCUGUCCCACGAGCUGGAGAAGAUGUCCGAGGUGCUGGAGCACGAGCAGCGAGUCAUCGGCAACCUCAGCAAGGUGCUGGAGCUGGUGGAGCAGUGCGAGCGGCGCCUGCAGCCCAACUGCAGCAACCCCCUCACCCUGGACGAGUGCGCCCGCGUCUUCCAGACCCUGCAGGACAAGUACCACGAGGAGUACCGCAUGUCCGACCGCGUGGACCUCGCUGUGGCCAUCGUCUACCCGCUCAUGAAGGACUACUUCAAAGAGUGGGACCCCCUCAAAGACUGCACGUAUGGCACCGAGAUCAUCUCCAAGUGGAAAAACCUCCUGGAGAACGACCAGCUCCUGUCACACGGCGGGCAGGAUCUCUCCACAGAUGCCUUCCACAGGCUGAUUUGGGAGGUCUGGAUGCCUUUUGUUCGAAACAUCGUCAACCAGUGGCAGCCGCGGAACUGCGACCCGAUGGUGGACUUCCUGGACAGCUGGGUGAACAUCAUCCCCGUAUGGAUCCUGGAUCACAUACUGGAUCUGCUCAUCUUCCCCAAGCUGCAGAAGGAGGUGGAAAACUGGAACCCCCUGACGGACACUGUCCCCAUCCACUCCUGGAUCCACCCGUGGCUGCCGCUCAUGCAGGCCCGGCUGGAGCCGCUCUAUUCCCCGAUCCGUAGCAAGCUGGCCAGCGCCCUGCAGAAGUGGCACCCCAGCGACUCUUCAGCCAAGCUCAUCCUCCAGCCCUGGAAGGAUGUCUUCACCCCGGGUUCCUGGGAAGCAUUCAUGGUCAAGAACAUCGUGCCCAAGCUCGGAAUGUGUCUCGGCGAGCUGGUCAUUAACCCCCACCAGCAGCACAUGGACGCCUUCUACUGGGUCAUCGACUGGGAGGGCAUGAUCUCCGUGUCCAGCCUCGUGGGGCUCCUGGAGAAGCACUUCUUCCCCAAGUGGCUGCAGGUACUGUGCUCCUGGCUUGGUAACAGCCCAAACUAUGAGGAGAUCACCAAGUGGUACCUGGGUUGGAAAUCCAUGUUCUCAGACCAAGUGCUGGCACAUCCGUCCGUCAAGGACAAAUUUAACGAAGCCCUUGACAUGAUGAACAGGGCCGUGUCCUCCAACGUCGGCGCCUACAUGCAGCCUGGUGCGCGAGAGAACAUCGCCUACCUCACCCACACGGAGCGGAGGAAGGACUUCCAGUACGAGGCCAUGCAGGAGCGGCGCGAGGCUGAGAACAUGGCCCAGAGGGGCAUCGGGGCGGCGGCCAGCUCUGUUCCCACGAACUUCAAGGACCUCAUCGAGACCAAGGCCGACGAGCACAACAUCGUCUUCAUGCCUGUCAUCGGCAAGCGGCACGAGGGCAAGCAGGUGUAUACCUUCGGCCGCAUCGUCAUCUACAUCGACCGCGGGGUGGUCUUCGUGCAGGGCGAGAAGACCUGGGUGCCCACCUCCCUGCAGAGCCUCAUCGACAUGGCCAAGUAGACAGUGGCCGGCCCGCUGCAGCCAGAGGCUGCGACCAGAGGGACAUGCAGGACCUGCUGUGUUGGACGCUGUCUGUCAUGCCCGGCCUCCAGAAGUGCCUCGCCGUGUGCCAGGCUCUCGCCCGGUGUGCUGUCCUUGGAACAGGACGGCCUUGCGGAGGCGUUGCCUGUUCUCACGAAGGGUGGCAGGCCCCUGCCUCAUCUCGCACCUGCAGGCUCUGGUGGCUUGCUCCUGAUGAUCUCCAGGUCCUCACAGUCCUGGUAAUCUGGCUCCUCCUGGAACACCCAGGUUUCCGCAGGGAGCUGCUGCAGCUUCUGCCUGGGGAACCAGUGGACCGAAGUGUCGUUAAAGGUGUCCAUGUACCGUGCGGUCUGGGUCAGCUCCAGCUCCUCCAGCCCCUUCAGGAUCUGGACAGAAACACGUGGACAUGAAAACUCAGCAGCCAUGUCCCACCCCACUACUCUGGGGGACAUUUUUUCACUGUAUCUGCCACCUUUUUUUUUUUCUCCCUAAAGGAGUAAGGAUAAUUUGGUUUGAAUGCCUUUGUGCAAUGAAUGGGGGAGCCCCUAAGACAGUGGGUAUGCUGGACUGUGCUGCUGAGCACAGCAUGGGCAUCGUAACCACAGGUGGCAUGGGUGUGCUGCCACAUUCUGGCACCUGUGGGGGGAGCUCUGCUGGCAGCAUGGUGUCCCCAGUGCGUGCAGCAGCACUAUGUCACACCCCUGGCCACCCCUACCCAUCUACCCAGAUACCUUGGCAACGUAGGGGUAACUCCUUUGCAGAGUCCUCGUCAACAACCUGGAAAUAAAAAGAAGC